CAACAAAAAACUCACCAAGAAGGAGAUUCUCCUCCACGUUCUACACUAUAUUGAACACCUUCAACGAAGUAUUGAUGUGGCCAAGUCUCUUCUUUUAUUCCAGCCCACAAACAAAGAAGGCAACAUCAAAAGGAAUGAGUCAGCACCCUAUACUUCCCUGCCUGUUUGAAGAGCCCAAUUUCUGUGUAUUUGCCAGAGGCUUUGCAAGAAGAAACAACUAGGACGUUAGGUCCGGAGGAGGAAUGAAAGCACCUGGACGUCCCCCUCACUCCUUACUGAAGGAGUCGAGGCAGAAGAGGCCCAUCUGCUGGCCCCAUGCCAGCUGUCCUUCUUGCUCUAGGAAUAAACACUUACAGUGAUCCCACCGCUGCUCAGGAGAUCCCUCUGCCAUCUGUUAGAAACCUGCUGCCCUUUGACUCCAGAUUUCCUCUGCAGCCACGUCUCCCUCUUCUCCCAGUCACCUGCCCUGCCUUAGUGCCCGCAGCUAUGCCCACUCCCAGCCAGCUUGUGCGUGUGCGUGUUGGAGGGCUGCUUCGCCUGGCAGUCCUGUGAUCCUCCCCAAAGACAGGAGAGAGCCUAUAUUGAAAGAUUAUCCGACCUUGGUCUGCCUCUCCCAGCCGAGCCGAAUGAGCUCAGCAACAUGGGCCAAUCGCUUAGUUUAUUAAUCUCUUCAAUGGGGUCAUAUUGCUUUCACUCUCUGAAGCAUGGUCAUAAGGAAAGGAGCUCUAUAGACCUGGGAGCUAUUAUGGGGAGGAAGUCAUCCUUCCUGAUUACCCAGUGCUUGUGGCUUGGAAGUAAAAGGAGAAAGCCAGAAGGCCCUUGAUUCAGGACGGGCUGUACCUGAGGGCACUGUGGUCAGAGGGACCUGCUACACUCCCCCAGGGCGGUGGGAGGCGUUCAGAAGACACAGAUAGACAUUACAUAGGAGGGGCUGUGAUCUGCAUCUUCCUCAGUAAGGUCUGAGAGCUGCUGAAGCCUUGAAGCAAGACCCCAGGAGUGGAGAGGGCCGAAGGCAGAACCACAAGGCAGGUAACUUGGUGUAGUCUCCGCACGAGGCACUGGAAACUCAAAGACAAAAACGGAACCGGUCUCGCCCUCAAGAAGCUUACAUUCGAUCAGUUCUUUCCUCUGUGAUCUUGGCAAGGCCCUCAGCUUCUCAGGCCUCAGUUUUUCCAUCUACUAAAGGAGUUCUAGAUCAUCUCGUAAGCUCCCUGCCAGGCUGGGGAAAGAGAAUAGUUUGGGAUGAGUAGGGGAGACUACAGCCUGUAAGGAGGAGUCCAUUAUUUACAUUUGCAGGCUUUAAAAAUAAUGACCAUUUGUUUUAUAGAUUUAGCCCAACCCAUUUGCAGGGGUUGGGACAGAAUCUAGGCCUGGAGAGGAGUGAGCCUUGCUCAAAACCUAUUAUCAGAAGCUGGGCUGGCAUCCAGAUCUCUUGAUAUCUGGCCCUGGUUCUUGCCUCUGAAGUAUUUAAUCUUCCUUUUUUUUUUAAAUUAAGUUUUUUGGAUAUUUUUGCUUCAUUAGAGUAUCUCCUGUGCCUGUCUCCCGUCCCCUCGCUGAGAGCCAUCCAAUGACAAAUAAUAUCUUUUUAGAGAGGGAAAAAAAGUCAGCACAACUGAUAGAUACAUUGAAAAAGUCUGAAAACAUGCCAGACUGGAACACCUAUUGACCUCCUGCCUCAGUAAAGACUGGGAUAUCCUCUGGUGGCUCUUUAUUGUUACAUUUGAUUUUUGUGUGUAGUUCUUUCAUUGACACUGUUGCAAACACCAUAUAUUGUAAAAUUUUUGUCCUGGCUCUGCUAACUUCACUCUGCAUCAGUUCAUGUUGAUCUUUCCAAAUUUCUCUGUACUCAUCACAGGCACCAUUUAUUUUAUUUUAUUUUUCUAUUUUAUUUAUAUAAUAGAUUUUUUCUAUUUUUUUCCAUGGUUACAUGAUUCACAUUCUCUCCCUCUCCUCUUCCCUUCCCCCCUCCUGGAGUUGAUAGGCAAUUCCACUGGGUUAUAUAUGUAUUAUCACUCAAAUCCAUUUCUAUUUUAUUCAUAUUUGUAAUAGAGUCAUCUUUUAAAACCAAAACCAAAUCAUAUCCCCAUCAACUCAUGGAAUCAAGCGGCUGUUUUUCUUCUGCGUUUCCACUCCCACAGUUCUUUCUCUGGAUGUGGAUAGCAUCUUUCUCAUAAGUCCCUCAGAAUUGUCCUGGGUCAUUGCAUUGCUGCUAGUAGAAAAGUAUCAUGUUUGAUUAUCCUACAAUAUUCCACUUUCUGUGUACCAUGUUCUCCUGGUUCUGCUUCUUUCACUCUGCAUCAGUUCAUGGAGGUCUUUCCAGUUCUUAUAGAAACCCAUCAAUUCAUCAUUCCUUGUAGCACAAUAGUAUUCCAUUACCAUCAUAGACUAUAAUUUAUUCAGACAGGCACCAUUUCUUACAGCAUAUUCAUAUCCCAUGACAUUCACAUACCAUGUUUUGUUUAGCCAUUCUUCAAUCCAUGUGCAUCUACUUUGUAACCAAGUUCUUAGCUGUCCCCAAAAGGGGGCUAUAAAUAUUUUGGAUUAUGUGUAUGGGAGCUUUUUUCUUCUCAAUAGUUUUUUUGGGGGGGUAUAUGCAUAGUAAUGGAGUCUCUGAUUUGAAGCAGAGGGACAUUUUAGUAACUUUCUCAUUUCCCAAAAUAAGGGUACCAUUUCACAGUUCUACCAACAGUGUAUUAGUGUGCCUUUCUUCUCAUACCCUCUCCAACUGUUGCAAUUUUUGCUAAUUUUCAGGGUGUGUGGUAAAACCUGUUAUUUUGAUUUGUAUUUCUCUCAUCAUUAGUGAUUUUUUUUAAACCCUUACCUUCCAUGUUGGAACCAAUACUGUGUAUUGGUUCCAACGCAGAAGAGCAGUAAGGUCUAGGCAAUGGGAGUUAAGUGACUUGCCCAGGGUCACAAAGCUGGGAAGUGUCUGAGGCCAGAUUUGAACCCAGGACCUCCCAUCUCUGGGCCUGGCUCUCAAUUCACUAAGCUACCCAGCUGCCCCCCAUUAGUAAUUUUUUUUCAUGUGGCUAUUAAUACUUUGCAUUUCUUCCUUUGAAAACUGUCUUUUUAUAUCCUUUGACCAUUUUUCUAUUGAGGAAUGGCCAUUAAGAGUGUGAGUUUGUGUGUGUGUGUGUGUGUGUGUGUGUGUGUGUGUACAUACAUGUUGAUUGCAGAAGCUUUUCAGUUUCAAGUAGCCAAUGUUCCCUACUUUAUCUUUUGUAAUUGUUUCUGUCUUCAGCUUGUUUAAGAAUAUAUCUCUUACUAUAAUAAGCAAAAGAUAGCUAUGAGAGGUACAUGAUCUUUCUCAUAUUGUUUUUUCAAAUACAUAUUUAAUAUUAAGAUCACAUGGGGGUGGCUAAAGUGACUCAGUGGAUAGAGAGCCAAGCCUGGAGUUCAAAUCCAGCCUCAGAUACUUCCUAGCUGUGUAACCCUGGGCAAGUCACUUAACCCCAACUGCCUAUCCCUCUUGCUGCUCUCCUGGCUUGGAACUGAUAAUUGUAUAGAUUCUAAGAUAGAAGAUAAGGGUUUGUUUGUUUUUAAUUAAGAUCUGGGAUCCAUUUAGAAUGCAUUGCAGGGUGUGUUGUAAGGAAUUGGUCUAACCCAUAUUUUCUGCCAGACGGCUUUCCAGUUUUCCCAACAGCUUUUAUUGUUUGUGUUCUCCAUUUUGUCAAAUGCUGGGUUAUUGAAUUCUGUCAUUUCUGAAUCCCCCAUGUCUCAGCUCUUCCAUUGGUCUCUCUAUUCUUUAAUCAAAACCAGAUGGCUGUGAUGACUGCUGCUGCUGCUGCUGCAAACUAGAGGCACUUCAUCCUUCUAUCCCACUUCCAUUCCAGUUUUUACCCCAAUACCCAAAUUGUUUUCACAGUGCACUACUCGGAACCUGUCAUUCUUUGUUCAAAAAUCUCCUGAAGCCCCCUGCCCAGCAGAUGAAGUCUAGACUCCUGACCCUGCCAUUCACAGCCUACCAUCCUCAGCUCCCACGUUCUAGGUUUUGGCCACACUAGUCUGCUUUUCUUUCUCCUUCCUCAUCCUGUGUGGUGUCUGUGUUUGUGUUUGCCCCCAUUUAGAUUCUCCCUUCCUACCUUUGCCUCUUUGAACCCAAGGCCCAACUCGGAUCAGCACCUCUUCCUUUGAGCCUUCCCUGACCCACCUCGAUGAAAGCCAUCUCCCCUUCUUCUUGCUUCUUCUCGAGGCACUACCUAACUUUCCCAUAGUCCCAUUCUGCCUGGGUCCUACUUAUUUGGGUAUACAUUUCCUCCUAAACCUCUUCACACUAUAAGUAAUUUGAAGGCAGUCUUCAUCUCUGUGCCUAGUGCCAAUUGCCAGUAUUUUGUAAUAACAUUUAUAGAGCACUUGAAGGUUUUCAAAACUCUUUACAAAUAUUUUGUCAUUUGAUUCUCACAGCAAUCCCGGGAGAUAGUCUAUUCAUUUUGCAGGCAAGGAAACUGAGGCAACUAAUGAUUAGGUGACUUAUCCAGGGUCUCCUAGCUGGGAAGCAUCUGAGGCUUCUUUUAAACCGCAUUUUUAUUGACUUCUCACCCAGUGCCCCAUCUUCUACAUGACUUAGCUGCUUCACCCUACAUUCUCUAAGGAUACUUGUUGACUUGAACCCUGAAGGGGCUCUUUUUGGUUUCCCCCAUUAAGGGGCCUUGGAUACCUCUUCAACUCUAGUCACUUUGGUUUCUCAGAACGAAGGGCAGAGGCUAAAGAUCCUCAUCCAUGCCUGGCUCUAGGCAGAGGCCCCUCCCAGCCAGAGAAGCUGCCUGUGGACGAUUCGAUUCCCAGCAGAAACAGAGGAGAAGUGAUGGGGGAAGUCACUGUUCCCAGGAGACACCUCAUCCCUUGCCAACACCUGGAGCCUUGGUUGCCCCAGUCCCACGGAGAAGCUGGGCUCACGCUUCUGGAGAUGGCCGAAGGCAGCGUUCACAUCUGCUUAGCAAGUUGGUUCCUGGCCCCCAUUCCGGACCCUGUUCCCCCUCGCUCCACUCGGAACCUCCAGUUCUGGUGCUCUCAAGAUUCAGGGAUCCUUGCUGGGAAGGGAGGGCUGAGCCCCACGGGUGGUAGGUUCUUCUUUCCUGCCUCUGUCUGCAAAGGGAGCAGGGCAAAGUGUUCCCCUUCUCUCUCUCCCCCUGCCCCAGCCUGUUGUGAAGGACCCAGCGCCCAGGAGGAUGGGGCCUGCCUUACUUGUGAGGCCCAGAUGACCACAGGGGGUGAGUGGAUGUCGCCCCACCCCUGGAGUGAGCCUCUUCCCAGGCAGGAGCUGGUGUUCUAUGACUCCUGCGAGGAAGAGGAAGAGGAAGAGACCGUGGAUACAGGGCCUUGGCUCUCAGCCUGGCUCCCGGAGGGCAGCCCCCAGGGGAGCCCCUUGGUGGAUUCUCCCAGGACUAGGAGCUGGCCUGGAGUUGGCCAGCCUAGCGAGGAGCUUGGCCUGAGCCCCUCGCUCUUUACCUCUCCGGGGCGAUUGCUGCCUGGGAAGAACCUCCAGGAGGGCGCAGAGAGCCUUACCCAAGCCCUCUUUGAAGACGUCUGCCUGAGCCCGCAGUCACCUUCUUCCUCCUCCAGCCUGUCAUCCGAGGCCCCGCAGAACAAGGACCCGUCAGCCCCCGGAGGCCCUCUCCACGCCCUCAACCUCUGCCAGUCAGCAUUCUCCCUUGACCACUGCUACCUGUCCCUGAGCGAGACCAGCAAGACCGACUCCAGCCCCAGCUCGGGGGUGACCGAGCUCGUGUCCCUGUGGAGCAGACAGCAGGAGCUCGGGGAGGAAGCGGAGGAGAGGCCGGGGAGGCAGCUGCCCCAGGAGACCCAAGGAGACCAAGAAGGCGCACUGCCCCUUCCAGCUGAAGAAGAAAUGCGUCAACGGCUUCAUCAUGUUCUGUCGCCUCAACCGCAAGCAGUACAUUCGAGCCUGCCCCGGCACAGCGUCCACAGCAGCCACCAAGGAGCUCGCGCACCUGUGGCGGGUGAUGACCAAGCAGGAGAGGCGGCCAUACUGGUAAGGGGGGCGGGAAAGCUUUCCCUCAGGGAGGGGCUGCCCACAACCCGAGACCAUCGAGUCUUGGGGUCCCCGCGGUGUGGGGCUGGGAUCCGGGCGCCCCAGUUCCAGUCCAAACCUCCCGCCUGCCCCUCACUCCCCAGCAUCAAGGCCCGGAAAUUCAGCCGACAGCACAACCGGAUCGUGAGGCAGGACUGCUCCAGUGAGGACGAUGACCGCUCCUCCCCCAAGCCCUUCCACCUGCUUCUGGCCGAGAAGGCCCUGUGCUCCCCCGGCCUGGCCUGCACCGGCUCCCCUUGUGGGGAGCCCCUCCUGGAGGCCCCCUCCCCGCCCCCAUCUCUGCCUCUACUCUGACCUCAGGGAGGCUGCUGGGGAGGGAGCGUCCUCAUUAAGGAGCCUUGGGAGCGGGGCGGCCCUCGGCACUUCUGCUGCGGACUGACCUCGGAAGCGGUGGGGGCGCCCCUUUUCACCCUGUAGGUAAGUGUGGGGUACAGGGAGACCCUGGGCCAGAGGGCAGGCUCCCCUUCCUGUCUUGGGUCAGGAUCCACUGUUCGAGCCCCUGUUGUCCCCUCUCUCUGCCGUUCUAUUCAUGGAUUAUUUAUUGUUUGCAAAAUAAAAUGGCCCUUGUUCGAGGCCCUUUCCUGGAGAA